UCCGGAUUAUUUUUUUCACUUUUCGGUUGUACGAAUCGAAUUUCUUGUGCACUCAACAUACAUGUCUUUAAAGGUUAAACAAAUCGAAUUUAUCUGAUCUUCAUCAUAGCUACAAUACGGUUAUUUGGUGUUCGAUUUGAAAUUUGACUGCGGUCUAAAUAAUGAGCGAAGGACAAGAGAUCGCAGCCUUUAAAACAGUAAACUUACAAGAUCGUUUAAAGGAAGAACAACGACUACUCGAAGGAUAUUUUUCUCCAAAUAAGUAUCCAAUAUUGACGUGUGAUGAAAAAUCGUGUUUUGAACACACUGCCAAGGUUAAAAAUGGCAGAUUGUAUAAGCUUCGAGUUUAUUUGAGCGAUGAUUUUCCCAAACGUUUACCUGACUUGGUUGUUUGUGAAUCGCCUGAGCCAAUGCCUUCCGAAUGGACGGGUCCCAGGCAUGAAACUCAUACUUGGGGCUGGCAAAAAUAUGGCUUGCUACAGAUUUGUCAUUGGCACUGGGCUGCUUGGAAAGAAGAGAACAGAAUUUUCCAAGUUAUUCAGAAAGGCGAAGAAUGGCUUGAAGCUUAUGAGAAAUAUCGUGAAACGAAGGAACUGCCCUUAGAAUUGGAACAAAUGGAACUUACUAAAGAAGAAACUGCGACGGAGUUUCAGCAUUAUAUUGGCAAUAUUGUAUUGAGUCACAGCUCAAAUAGUUCUGUUGCAGCCAAUGAAUCGUGCAUUUUGCUUUGAACGUGAAAGCGGCAGCAAUUCUAAAACACAAAUGAUGCAAGCAGUAUAAAUAGAGUGUUCCAAUAGACAUCGAAAUUUUGUAAACUAUUAAAUGAUUUAAUUCGUUGAAAUGUAAAAUUACCUACUACGAAAGGAAGGCUGAAAUUUAAUAUUAUCAAGCAUACGCUGUUUAGUUUUACGAUCCGAUAUAUUUGUGGUUCAUGAUGGCAAUUCAAUAAAUUAGCUUUUGUUUUGUUCCUUUUAUAGUAUGGAGUCGGUUGUUCCAAAAACUGAUUCUCAUCGUUGACUGAGAUUUAACCCAAUGCCUAUUUAAUAUUCAUCAAUAAAUAUUUAUGUUAAUUC